AAGUCUAUCGUAAGCAGAUGGCGGGAAGUUCGUCCAUCAGGCAGUCAAGAGUAGAUGGCGCGGAUACGCCAUUUCGCGCGGGAAACGCAACUGCUGCCAAAUAUACCACCCGAUCUUCGCGACGAAAGCAUAAAAUGGCAAACAAUCGCCAGUCAAUGAAUGCCUUAAAUUGAGCUAUUUCCCGCCGUCAACUGACAUUCUUAGUUUGACUGAUUUGGGUUUUAAAAACAUGUUUGGAGUCGUUUAGUUUGCGAAUCGAUAAAGAACCGGUAAAAAGUUGCUGGGUUCAUGAUUGUAGACCACCUGAAGAGGGAAUUCUUUUGAGCUCGGAAACACGAUAGUUGGCAAUCUCUAUAGUUUGACGGAAAACGGACCAUCAAAACUGUCGCUUGGGACAAAACAAUGUCAACAAGGUUAUAAUACGUUGAUUUAUAUCAGUAUGCUUUCGUAAUCGCCUUUAAUUGGGUCAUUAACCAUUGAAGGGCAGCCCGCGUGCAGCAUUGAUUAGACUUCCUGACUGGUCAGAGCGGAGUUGAUAAAAUCAACACAAUUACCUUCGUCACAAGUCGAUUUAAAUAGAAUUCUUGAAGCUCGAAAUAUAAGUGGCUAUUUGUCAUAAUAGAACGACCUAUACGUAGGCCGACGAGUAAACCUUACUCAUUGAGUUCCUACGGGGUUCCUUAAAAGAACAGCACUGCUCUUCGUUAGAUGCAGUUCGUCGCGAUGUCUGUCUCUGUAAAGUGCGUAUUCGUGCUUUUUGCAUUUGUUUUAUUUCGAAAUGUCGUGGCUUCACAAGAAGACCCAGUUUGGGAUCAAGGCAAUGAAGGAUACGGUGUCGAUUCAGAGAACGCUAUGAUAGAACAAAAGACAAAAGUAAUAGCAAAGAAGAGCCCAUUUCGUGAAGUCUGUCUGAUGGCAAGAUGUACAAGACGACGCCGAAGGUCUUCAGAGAGAAAAAGAGUCGAAAAAAAGGCGACCUCUAACUUCCAAGAAGAAGAAAAACAAAGGGAUCCCACUUUCAUAACGUUAAACCACCAGCAGCUUUGUGGACAUUUUAAUACAGUAGAAACACGGCAAAAUCCACAGCAAUUACCAAACAGAUUUCUCUAUUAAAGCUUCAGUACAAUUGGAUAAAUUCCAGCAGGAUUACUUGCCGAUUGCUUUACUUUGCCACAAAGGAUUUAUGGCGGUGCCCGCUUAAUGGAGGCUUUAUUUAUAUAGUUUGCCUGAGAAAUCUUCAAACCGGAACUGUGGAAAUGCCCGUUAUGAGGGAUAACCACUUAAUGAAGCGUUACCCACGAAGAAAGCUAAAAGAACCUGACGCUUUUGUUCAAAUGAUUCCUGUGUUGUUUUCCCAGAUGUCAGAGAUACAAAGCUUUCAUUUUGAUUCCUCACUUCCCCUAAGUGUGUUCGCGCCACGCUACGCGCAAUUCAGUGUGGUCGUCUUGUUUGGUCUCGGAUGUUUCAUUCUCAGCGUGUUUGCAUUGCGAGAUGCGACGUCCAGACCAGUUGCGAGCACCGUUCAUACCAGUGGGCGAACCAUCAGUUACUCACUCCGUCCAAAUUCAACAGCAUGGGCACGCUGCCAAUCUCUAAUUCACGGAUCAACGCGCCCCUCAGAUGGUGGAUAUCGCCUCCAAAACUCACAAUCAGACGGCGACAUCUUCGACAAAUACAGGGACGAAUCCUGCCAUCAAAUACGUGCAUUUUACCCCCACCCCACCCCAACACGUACUGAACUGGAUUUUCCGAUAGCUUACGGCAUAUUAAUUUACAAAGGGCUUCCCUUGUUUGAGCGCUUACUCCAAGCUCUUUACAUGCCUCAGAACUAUUACUGCAUCCAUAUCGACAAAAAGACAAACUCAUAUUUUGUUGAUGCAGCCCAGCGAAUGGUUGCGUGCCUGCCGAACGUGUUCAUCGCGAAAACUCGCGUGAACGUGAAAUGGGGCGAGAUUUCCCUUGUGAAGGCUGAACUAAGCUGUAUGACAGAGCUUCAAACUUUCAAAUGGAAAUACUAUAUCAACUUAGUGGGGCAGGAUUUUCCACUCUAUAACAACAUGGAGAUAGUCAGGGUUCUCAAGAGUCUCCACGGACUCAACAACAUCGAGAGCAUUGAGAUGCCAGCUUAUAACGUGCAUCGGGUCGAGUUUGUCCGCCAUGGACAAAAAUUGCUUAGAAAAUCCCCUCCACCUCAUGGUUUGAUCAUCAGAAAGGGCUCCGUACAUGGAAUACUCACUAGAAAGUUCACGGAGUUCGUCUUACGCGACAAAGUUGCCAGGGAUUUGCUAAAGUGGCUGGAAGACGUGUUUGCCGCUGACGAAAUUUUCUUCGCGACCCUGCAGUAUGACCAGGCCACCCCGGGCGGUAUUCACGGCCAACAACCAGAAUGCAUUGCGCGGGUAAAGCGCUGGAGGCCUGGUUAUUGUGCUGGUCGCUACGUCAGAAAUAUCUGCUGGAUCGACAUACGGGACCUUACGUGGGUGUUAAGCGAGGGGAACAACCGGAAGUUGUUUGUGAACAAAAUACCGUUCGAGUUCAGUAGUGAUCUGUUGAAAUGUAUGCUCGAGUCACUGCUAAGGCGCCGAUAUCCAAUGGGGACAAGGGGCAGACCGAGUUAGACCGAGCCGCGUAUGAGACUUCAGGAACUGAAAUAAUGUUUGCUAAGCAACCAAGCAAGAUCUACCAGUUAGGAAUCUGCCCAUACAAGAUCUCCUCUUAUUUUAGGAGUGACCUUUGAACGCACACUGGCAUACACGUAUUGGCAGCAGUCGCUAGCACAGUCUAUUACCCGUGCAGUUCGGCAACCAUGGACAGCUGUUUCGUCCUUAUUAGGACUUAUCAGCAUGGCAUAACGUCCCUUUUUGACCAGACAGGUGCCAUUGUGUGUAUGUUAGUGCUAGGGCACACUGGGAAACCCUGCGUACAUACUAGCUUAUAUUACAUAAUAUAAUAUAAGUAAUAUAAGCUAGUAUGUACGCAGUGUGUUCUCGUGUGUCAUGUAUGUAAAAGCUAGUGUGUGCGCAGUGUGUUCUCGUGUGUCAUGUAAUAUAAGCUAGUAUGUACGCAGUGUGUUCUCGUGUGUCAUGUAAUAUAAGCUAGUAUGUACGCAGUGUGUUCUCGUGUGUCAUGUAAUAUAAGCUAGUAUGUACGCAGUGUGUUCUCGUGUGUCAUGUAAUAUAAGCUAGUAUGUACGCAGUGUGUUCUCAUGUGUCAUGUAAUAUAAGCUAGUGUGUACGCAGUGUGUUCUCGUGUGUCAUGUAAGUAUAAGCUAGUAUGUACGCAGUGUGUUCUCGUGUGUCAUGUAAUAUAAGCUAGUAUGUACGCAGUGUGUUCUCGUGUGUCAUGUAAUAUAAGCUAGUAUGUACGCAGUGUGUUCUCGUGUGUCAUGUAAUAUAAGCUAGUAUGUACACAGAGCGUUCUCGUGUGUCAUGUAAGUAUAAGCUAGUAUGUACGCAGAGUGUUCUCGUGUGUCAUGUAAUAUAAGCUAGUAUGUACGCAGUGUUUUCUUGUGUGUCAUGUAAUAUAAGCUAGUAUGUACGCAGUGUGUUUCGUGUGUUAUGUAAUAUAAGCUAGUAUGUACGCAGUGUGUUCUCGUGUGUCAUGUAAUAUAAGCUAGUAUGUACGUAGUGUGUUCUCGUGUGUCAUGUAAUAUCAGCUAGUAUGUACGCAGUAUGUUCUUGUGUGUCAUGUAAGUAUAAGCUAGUGUGUACGCAUUGUGUUCUCGUGUGAAAGUAUAAGCUAGUAUGUACGCAGUGUGUUAUAGUGUGUCAUGUAAUAUAAGCUAGUAUGUACGCAGUGUGUUCUCGUGUUUCGUGUAAUAUAAGCUAGUGUGUACGCAGUGUGUUCUCGUGUGUCAUGUAAUAUAAGCUAGUAUGUGCGCAGAGUGUUAUAGUGUGUCGUGUAAUAUAAGCUAGUAUGUACGCAGUGUAUUCUUGUAUACUAGCUUAUGUUACAUGACACACGAGAACACACUGCGUACAUACUAGCUUAUAAUACAUGACACACUAUAACACUCUGCGCACACACUAGCUUAUAUUACAUGACAAACGAGAACACACUGCGUACACACUAGCUUAUAUUACAUGACACACGAGAACACACUGUGUACAUACUAGCUUAUAUUACAUGACACACGAGAACACACUGCGUACAUACUAGCUUAUCUUACAUGACACACGAGAACACACUGCGUACAUACUAGCUUAUAUUACAUGACACACGAGAACACACUGCGUACAUACUAGCUUAUAUUACAUGACACACAGGAACACACUGCGUACACACUAGCUUAUAUUACAUGACACACGAGAACACACUGCGUACAUAUUAGCUUAUAAUACAUGACACACUAUAACACUCUGCGCACACACUAGCUUAUAUUACAUGACACACGAGAACACACUGCGUACACACUAGCUUAUAUUACAUGACACACGAGAACACACUGCGUACAUACUAGCUUAUAUUACAUGACACACGAGAACACUCUGCGUACAUACUAGCUUAUAUUACAUGACACACGAGAACACACUGCGUACAUACUAGCUUAUAUUACAUGACACACGAGAACACUCUGCGUACAUACUAGCUUAUAUUACAUGACACACGAGAACACUCUGCGUACAUAGUAGCUUAUAUUACAUGACACACGAGAACACACUGCGUACAUACUAGCUUAUAUUACAUGACACACGAGAAAACACUGCCUACAUACUAGCUUAUAUUACAUGACACACGAGAACACACUGCCUACAUACUAGCUUAUAUUACAUGACACACGAGAACACACUGCGUACAUACUAGCUUAUAUUACAUGACACACGGGAACACACUGCGUACAUACUAGCUUAUAUUACAUGACACACGAGAAAACACUGCCUACAUACUAGCUUAUAUUACAUGACACACGAGAACACACUGCCUACAUACUAGCUUAUAUUACAUGACACACGAGAACACACUGCGUACAUACUAGCUUAUAUUUA